AUGGGUGGUAAAGAUCCUACCCUCGUGCUGUACAGAAAGCUCACCGAGAGUGACGUCGACCCAAGCCUAGGUCAUGUCGUCCUCAACAACGAGCUGCUGAAGGACCUGAUCCCAAAGAUGAAGAAGACUGAUGUAUCAGUGCUGCUGGAUUCUAAGAGCAACGGCCUCGCAGUUGAGGCCGUCGAUAAGGAGUUUAGGAUGUAUUAUGUAGUCAUCAAGCGGCGGGACAUGGACCAAUUCGAGCUCGACGAAGAGUGGAAGGUUAUUGUGGAGCUGAACAAAUUGAAGGAGGGGGAUUCCAUCUGCAUUUGGGCAUUCCUAUGUGGAGAUGAUGGGGAUUUGUGUCUGUCUGCAGCGGUGUGGAAAGAGCUGCAGACUAAGAUGGAUACAUUACCUGAGGCCUGA